CAGACUUAGUAAAAUUACACCCCGCCACUAAAUAGUUACUGAGACUUCUUUAUUGCGCGUCUGGCGACAUUUUGUGGGAGGGGUCUGGCAACGCUGUCGCUCGCUGGCACAGCCUGGAAGUGCACUGGACAUACGAGCGGUUACUGGAAACGGGCACAACUGUGUGAAGCAACGUACAAUGGUUCAAGCAAAGACCUGGAUUCUUCGGAAACACUUUGAGGGCUUCCCCAAGGACAGUGACUUUGAGCUCCGAGUGCAACAGGUCCCCGAGCCCAAAGAUGGAGAGGUUCUUCUCGAGGCUGUUUUUCUCAGCGUUGAUCCUUACAUGAGGCCAUACAGCAGAGUACGCAUGAAAGAAGGUGAUGUGAUGAUCGGGACUCAAGUUGCCAAGGUGAUCCAGAGUAAAAACCCCAGCUUCCCGGUUGGGUCCCACGUGGUUACCAGACAUGGCUGGAGGACUCACACUCUCUCGGAUGGUACAGAUAUUACACGGUUACUGUCAGACUGGCCUCAGGACUGCCCAAUGUCCCUGGCCCUGGGAACCAUCGGCAUGCCUGGGUUGACCGCUCUGUAUGGUUUGGAGGAAGUGUGCCAAAUUCAACCAGGCGAAAUGGUUCUGGUGAAUGCUGCGGCGGGUGCUGUUGGGUCUGUGGUCGGACAGAUUGCCAAAAUCAAGGGCUGUAAAGUGGUUGGUUGUGCUGGAACUGAUGCCAAGGUGUCAUACCUGAAAGAGCUUGGGUUUGAUCAUGCUUUCAACUACAAGACUGUGACCUCAUUGGAAGAGGCUUUGAGAGCUGCCUCCCCAGAUGGAUAUGAUUGCUACUUUGAUAAUGUUGGGGGACCAUUCUCUAGUGUGGCCAUUCCUCAGAUGAAGCAGUUUGGUCGGAUUGCUGUGUGUGGGAGCAUUUCCCUGUACAAUGACACCACUCCCCAAACGGGUCCUUUUUUACAGCAACAUAUGGUAUUCAAGCAGCUGAAAAUGGAAGGAUUUCUUGUCGGUCGAUGGGAGCAUAAGAGUGCGGAAUCUCUCCCGCGGCUGAUAUCGUGGAUGAAAGAGGGGAAGCUGAAGUGCCAGGAGCACAUCACCACCGGCUUUGAGAACAUGCCAGCUGCCUUCAUGGGGAUGCUGAAGGGGGACAACAUUGGGAAGGCCAUCAUCAAAAUUUGACAAUUCAUUCAGAGCCUGUCCUAUGCUAUCCACCAUUGGUACAAUCAUACAAUCAAAAAAAAUGUUUUAGGUUUUGUACAAGUUGUUUUCUUGAGUUUUAUUCCACAUCUGACCAGCCUUAAGAAUGUAUUCUGGGAGGAUUUUUGUUCCCUUGAAAAUAAAGAGCAGUAUGUGGGGCCAUAA